UAAUAUUCACCAAGAGAAGAUGAAGCCUGUUAUGUUAAUAUUCCUUUGUGUCUCCCAGCUUUAUGCUAUGGGCGAGUACAAAGUUACGGAUCAGGUAUUUUUCGAUGUAACAGUUGACGAUGCUCCCUUAGGACGACUAGUGUUCGGGCUGUUUGGGGAGAUCGUACCAAAAACGACCCGGAACUUUAUUACCAUCGCCACUGAGGGAAUAAAUGGAAAAACCUACGCCGGAACAACAUUUCAUCGAAUCAUCAAGAGAUUUAUGAUUCAAGGUGGAGAUAUUUUGGCUAACAAUGGCAGUGGUACCAUUAGUAUACACGGCGAUAUGUUUGAGGACGAAAAUUUUGAUGCGACGCACGAUGGCCCAGGUUUUCUAAGUAUGGCGAAUUCAGGUCCCAAUACGAACGGCUGUCAGUUUUUUAUUACGACAAUUGCAACCCAUUGGUUAGAUGGUCAACAUACCGUGUUCGGGAAGGUUUUGGAAGGGCAGACUUUGGUUCAUAAAAUUGAACGCAUCAAAACUGAUCCAUACGAUCGUCCCAAGCAAGCGGUUGUUAUUGCGAAAUGCGGGAUGGUACCCACCUCUUCGCCGUUUUACGUGUCAGCGAUGUCAUACAACUUCAUGGAAGUCAUACGGGCCGGUGCCUUACCACUAACUAUGUCAUUUUCCAUCUUGGCGUUUUUUCAAUAUAUCAUUUACAAACUACGAAAAUUUGAGAAACUCAAGAUUCACUCUGACUAACAGAAUUUUCUGAUGGCGCCCUUGAUAAUAUGCACAUUGAGCAGGUAGACCUCAAAACUGACGUGUGUAUGUGCAACCAGGAAAAUGAUGAAAUGAAAGUUUAAGGACAAAACGCAGUGUUUUGAUAGAUAGAGAGAUAAAGAGUAGUUAAAAUGUUUAUUAUACAUAUAUCAUAGUUUACUAAGUCUCUUUUGUUGUACCUAUACGCUGUGCAUUAAUAACAACGGUUUGUACUUACUCUAAGAAUCGGAAUUUUUUUAGUACCGAACCCCAAGAUUAAAGAGGUUCCAUUUAUUUAGA